GCACAGCCCUGGGGACAUUUCUCCUGAGAGACCUGAGCUGUUGGAAGGUGACUGUCAACAUCUGAAAAAUGCACAGCUGCCAGGGUUGAAACACAAACAACAUUUAGGAAGAUAGCCAUGUUCAUUUUUCAGAACCUAAGGCGAGACAUGAUUCUUUUACUUCCUCUUUUCUAAAUAUUUCAGAGACCAUCUGAGUGCUACCCUUCUGUCCUCUUUUGUGGCUGGGAACUAAGGCUGGCUUUUGCUGAGAGAGACAUUCCAUGCCCUCAGCCAGACCAGGUCCCCAUGCUUCUGUGGCUGCUGCUGCUGAUCCUGGGUGAGUAGACGGGUUGAACUGGGACUGGGGCCUUGGUUCCUGAUGUCAACCAGGGAAAAUCCAAGGAGUGUCCAUCUCUGCUACCACUCGGGAUUGAGAGACAGAUAGUAAUUGUCCACUGAAAGAAAAAUGUACAACAUACAAGCUGUGAGUUAAGUUUUGUUUGGGAAACUUACUGAGGACGAUAACCCACAGGACAGCCUCUCAGCGCUGAGAAACUGCUCUGAAGAGCUCCUGGAAGAGAUCAAUCAGGAAAGUAUAUACAGGGAAAGCAUUUCAGGAUCAGCCCACCUUCAGAGGCCUUCACAGUCCAACUACAAAUCACAUCUCUUCAACUUUUCUGAGCCCGCAGCAGGAAGCUAACACCUGUUCCCUAUGACGCCCUCUGGUCCACCUCCAGGAGUAAUUCCCAAAGCUUUUCUUCUCCUCAAUCCUCCAUGGUCUACAAACUUCAAAGGAGACAAAGUGACUCUCACGUGCAAAGAUUCCUAUUCUCCAAGCCAGGGACACAUAUCUUGGUACUAUAAUGAGAAAUUGUUGGAUAAAAACUCUGAAGCAAUUCAAAUAGACCAGACUGGAGAUUACAGUUGCAAGACCCAAAGAUCUUCUUUCAGUGACCCUGUACAUGUGGAUUUUUUAUCUGACUGGCUGAUCCUCCAGGCCCCAUACCCUAUCUUUGAAGGAGAUGAUGUAAUUCUGAGAUGCCCGAGGAGAGAAGAAAGCACUAGCGAAACGGUUUUCUACAAAAAUGAAAGAAAAAUUAGUAGUAAUUAUGAAUCUAGUUUCACCCUAACUUCAGUCUCCAGGGAUCAUGGCAAAUAUCAUUGUAGUGCUUCUAAAAAAAGUUUCUGGGGAACAAAGAAGGAAAAUUCAAAACCUCUAAUGAUUCAAGUUCAAGAGCUGUUUUCACGUCCUGUGCUGACAUUCAACCCCUCCCCGGCCAUAGAGGGGAGACCAGUAACCCUGAGAUGUGACACAUGGCUCCCUCCACAGAGGGCAUACACUCAGCUUCAAUUCUGUUUCUUCAGAGAAAACCAGGCCCUGGGGUCAGGCUGGAGCAGCUCCCCAGAGCUCAGGUUACCCACCAUGUUGAGUGAAGCCUCAGGAUCUUACUGGUGCCAGGCAGAGACAGUGACUCCAGCUGUCAGGAAAAGAAGCUUGAGAUCCCAGAUCCAUGUGCAGAGAGUCCCUGUGUCUGAUGUAAAUCUAGAGAUCCAGCCCCCUGAGGGGCAGCUGAUUGAAGGAGGAAAUCUGCUCCUUAUUUGCUCAGUAGCCAAGGGUACAGGGAAUAUCACAUUCUCCUGGCACAGAGAGGGCACUGUCAGAAGUCUGGGAACAAGGACCCAGCGUUCCUUGUCAGCAGAACUGCAGAUACUCACUGUGAAGGAGCAUGAUGCUGGGAGAUACUACUGUGCAGCUGACAACCUUCAUGGUCCCAUCCUCAGUAAACUGGUUACAGUCACACUCAGAAUUCCAGUGUCUCGCCCUGUCCUCACCCUCAGGGCCCCCAGGCCCCAGGCUGUGGUGGGGGACAUGGUGGAGCUUCACUGUGAGGCCCAGAGAGGCUCUCCCCCAAUCCUGUACCAGUUUUAUCAUGAGGAUGUCGCCCUGGGGAACAGCACAGUUCCUUCUGGAAGAGCAUCCUUCACGUUCUCUCUGACUGAAGAACAUUCUGGAAACUACUCCUGUGAGGCUGACAAUAGCCUGGGGGCUCAGCGCAGUGACAGAAUGACCCUCAGUGUUAUAGUUCCAGUGUCUCAGCCUGUCCUCACCUUCAAUCCUGCUAGGGCUCAGGCCCUGGUGGGAGAUGUGGUGGAGCUUCGCUGUGAGGCCCAAAGAGGCUCUCCCCCGAUCCUGUACUGGUUUUAUCACGAGAAUGUCACCCUGGGGAACAGCUCAGCCCCCUCUGGAGGGGGCGCUUCCUUCAACCUCACUCUGAUGGCAGAACAUUCUGGAAAUUUCUCCUGUGCGGCUGACAAUGGCCUAGGGGUGCAGUGCAGUGAGGUGGUGACACUCAGCAUCACAGGGUCUUCCAGUAGCAAAGUAACCCAUAUCACUAUGGGAGUUACCACAGGGCUGUUAACCAUCGUUGGCAUUGCUGUCACUGCUGUUCUGGUGAGUCGCUUCAGGACCCAAACGAAUUCAGGAGGAUUUUUUGUCAUUAGAACCCCUGGUUCCAGUCCCAAUGCGUUUCAGGAGACUUCCUUGUCCAGAACCUCCAACACAGACCUCCAAGGGCCUGUCUACUCUGAGCCACCAGACCCAACGGAGCUGCAGCCAGAGUACUGCAAUGUGGGUCUUGGAGAUAGUGACCUGGUUUAUUCCCAGAUCCAGAGCAUCCAACAUACAACAGAAAAUUCAGCAAAUGCACCAAGGAAAUAUUGGGAGGAUAAGGAGCCCAGAGUAAUCUAUUCAGAGUUGAAGAAGGCACAUCCAGAUGACUCUACAGGGCAAGCCAGCAAUAGAGACAGGGACCUUGAAGAUGCUGCAGAAAACUAUGAGAAUGUCCCAUGCACGUCAUCAGCCUUAAACCACUAGCUCUGUAUUCAGUGGCUCACAGAGACCCUGAGAAGUAGCCUGUGUCAUUAUCUCUAUUAUCUCUAACCAUGUACCAUUCUUGCUUCUAGGGCUGUGCAUCCCAGGAGGCUGGGCUAUAGGGGAUAUGAAGCUGUGUGCAUGUUCUGCCAACUUCCUCUGUGCCUGAGUCUCUGCAUUCUCUGGGAACAUAGUGGGCAUCUUUGAGCAGGUGCUGCAUCCUUUUCUUAGUAGAGACAGAGGUGAAGACAGGACAGGUGGGCCUUCAGCUCCUGGGCCUGUUGAAAGGAAGGGAAAAGUGGUCUAGCUAGGAUCACAAGGGUGUGAUCAUGACCAGCAGAUCUAAGUGUCAUCAAACCUUUUAAUGUACUAUCUCACAUAAACAGUUUGUUCUAAAUAUCUCAUUUCCAUUUUUGUGUGGUUUAUAGUGGCAUUGCUGAUGUUCUGGUGUAUAUGCUUUGUCCCAGCUAACAAACUGGAAACAACCAAAAAUAUUCAUUCUGUCCGUGUAUAUUCUAUUUCUUUAUGAGAUAUGUAUCGGUAUUAAGAUUUUUAAAAAUAACCCAUUCUACUUAAUGGGAGAGAGCUUCCAAAUUGUCUGAUUGGAUAGUGUAAUAGACUGGAUUAUAUUUCUUCAAAAUUCAGUAUGAUUAUACUUGGAGAUAGGACCUUUAAGGAGGUAAUUAUGGUUAAAUGAGGUCAUACAAGUGGAUCUUAAUCCAAUUGGCCUGGUGUCUUUGCAAGAAGACAGGAGAUACCAGAGCCCUCUCUAUUGUUCUUCAUGUGCACAGAGGAAAGAAAGGUCAUGUGAAGACGCAGUAAGAAGGCAGGCAUUGGCAAAGCAUAAGGCGGCAGAAAGAGAGGUCUCACCAGAAACCAGCUCUGCUAGCACUUUGAUCUUGGCCAUCUAGCAUCUAGAACUGUGAGAAAACAUAUCUUAUGUUUAAGCCACCUAGCCUGUGUUAUUUUGUUAUGGCAGCUGGAGCAGACUAACACAGAUUUAUCUAGACACAUAGAUGAUAAAUGAUUGAUGACAAUAUUGAAGAUAGGUAGGUAGAUGACUAGAUAGAUAGAUAAAGAUAGAUGCAGGUGCAUGACACUCACACACUCCACCCCAUGCAGAAUUUGUUGUCUUCAAGAUACUUCCUCUCUCGCAAGGUCAAACCUUCCUCUACUGACAGCAGCUCAGUUAUACUGUUUAAUUAUUCAAUAUCCACUAUUUGGUGGCUACAGAAGCAUCAGCACCAACCUGGGCAGGUCAGUGGGGUCAAUGAUUCACAAGACUAGGAUGUUAAAACUUAGUGUCACUUGGGAGCCCUCAUGACCUGAGCUGGCAGUGGAUUCAGAGAUGAAAGACAAUUAAUAGGCACAAAGAAGAACAUCCCCUUCCAUUGCUCAGUGACUUUGAAUCAAUUCCUCAGUUGGCUGACAGAUGUUGAGUGUUUGCCAAUGAAGAAAAAAAAAUUUAAGUAUGCCAGAAAAAAAAUGGCAGAGUUACUUUUAUCAUGAGCGCUGCUGAGGCAGAAAAGGAAUAACUGAAAUUGUUAGCUUCUAUCAUCUAGUGUUACACUGAAUAUUUUUUAGCUCUGAAAACUAUCACCUAGUGUUACACUGAACAUUUUAAGCCCUGAAAACAACAGACCUUAAGAAAAGAAGCUAGUAAGUUCCCCGAUGGCUGUUGCAACUCAACUGAUGCAAUUCAGGGACAUUGUUGAUUUUAAACCAGCCAUUGCUGAUAACUUUAAGUAAUUAAUGCAAGAAUGCCUUGCAAAGCUUGAAAACAACUCAAGCAUAAAAGUACUGUGUAUUUCAAAUUUUAUGUUUUUCUCCUUGAGUAUCAGAAGCUGAGCGAAUAGAAGGUAUAACAGAUGUCAAAAUGCAAUUUUUUGGGGGGGUGCUUUUUUAGAGCUGCACCCGAGGCAUAUGGAAAUUCCCUGGCUAGGGGUUAACUCAGAGCUGUAGCCGCUUGCCUACACCACAGCCACAGCAACGCCAGAUCUGAGCCGCAUCUGCAAGCUACACCACAGCUCACAGCAACGCUGGAUCCUUAACCCACUGAGCAAAGCCGGGGAUUGAACCCACGUCCUCAUGAAUGCUAGUCAAGUUCAUUUCCACUGAGCCAUGAUGGGAACUCCCAUCAAAACGCAAUUUGAUUUGAGGUUUUUGUCUUAAACUAAGGAAUUCAACUAGCAAGAUCAUUUGCCAAGGGAAAAAUGAUUUCUUUCUUUCUUAAAGAGGAACACAUUUUUUUUUAAAUUAUGAACCAGGCACUUAUAUGUCUUGUUUCUGUAUCAGUAGAUACAAAAUGCAAUCCAUAGAGGGAGCAAGGAAUCCAGGUGUAAUCUCUGCCAGUGCUUAAAUUUUGCUGCAAUUUCCUCCCCAAUGUGAGCUCCAGGAUGAAGAAGUAUAUAGGGGAAGGGGAACAUGCCAUUAGGUCCAGCUGUGGGAAACCCAUCUAAAAGAGUGGUGAAAAAAGGCAAGUUUUCACUGUUGACUUAAGAGAGGAAAAAAAAAAAUCCCUAAGGGAGAAAUACAGGAUUGAGGUAGCCUCCCAUAGACAGUGAGAAUCAGGAGUGCAUGCCAACAGUGCAAGUAGCACCAAGGACAGCAACCUCUAAGGCGGGAAUUGGCAAAUCCCCUAAGAGAAGUGGACACCAAAGGGACUCUAAGUGUACAGAAUUUCUGAGUGCAUGUAGGACCUCCAUCACAGACACCUUAUGCAGGUCCUCAAACAGAAGGCAAACAGUAGUACCUGUAGGCAGUCAGGAAGAUCCUAAGGAAUAUUUGAGGAAGGUCCAAGAGGAAAUUAUGUUUCCAACUAGUCAGGAAGGUAACAAAUGAGGCAUUAAGAGUCAAAGCAUUAUGAUAAUUUCUUUCUUUACAUUAUAUUUAUUUUAUUUGUUUACAAAUUAUUGAGUAUUUUAUGCACAAUAAAUUCCACAUAUUUAAAAUGUACAAUUUGAUGAAUUUUGAUAAAUAUAUACAUCCAUGAAACUACCACCAUCAAGAUCUCAAAUAUCUCCAUCACCCCACCAAGGUUUCCUUAUCACAUAAGCAAUACUUCUUUCCUUCCACCUUUUUUUUCCUGCAAUCACUGAUAAGCUUUCUGUUACUAUGGAGUGUAUUCUCUAAAAUAUCAUAUAAAUAGGAUCAUAGAGUUUAUACUCUUUUGUGCUUGACUUCUUUCACCAAGCAAAAAGAUAGCAAGAUUCAUUCACAUUGCUUCAGGUAUCCAUAGCAUAUUCCUUUUUAUUGCUGGGUAAUAUUCCAUUGUAUGGAUAUAUCACUUUUGAUUAUCCAUUUAUCUCUUAAUGAACAUUUAUAUUGUUUCAUUUGUCAUUAUUAAAAAUAAAGCUGCUAUUAAAAUUCACAGUCAGUCCUUUGUAUGGACAUGUUUCUAUUGUGUCUUUGUAAACACGUAUAAUCACUGGGUCACUCAACAUUUAUGUCACUCUUAACAUUUUAAGAGUCUGCAAUACUCUUCUCCAAAAUGGUAGCACCAUUUUACAUUCCUGUGAGCAGUCUCUGGUAGUCACAGUUGCUCCACCUCCUUGCUAACACUUGACAUUUUCAGUCAUUAAUUUUAGUCUUUCUAAGGAGUGUGUAGUGUGGUAUAUACUGUUGUCUAAUUGUGGUUUUAAUUUUCCUGAUAAUGAUGAUUAUCUUCUCAAGUCCCUAUUAGCUCUUUGUAGAUCUAUCGUGAAGUAUUUGUUCACACCUAUUACCUCUUCUUUAUUGGACUGUCUUUUUAUUAUUGAGUUGCAAGGGUUUGUUUUUUCUCCUAUAUCUUGGUCUGAUUUUUGCAUUGCAAAUAUUUUUUCUCGUAUCUGUAGCUUACCCUUCAUUUUCUUAAGGGUGUCUUUUGAAGAGGUUUGUUUUUUGUUUGUUUGUUUUUUUAGCUUUGAUAAAGUCCAGUUUAUCACUUUCUCAUUUUAUGGGUAUGUUUUGCCUUUCUUAUAUAAGAAAGUAUACCUCCUGGAGUCCCCAUCAUAGCUCAGGGGGUUAAGAACCCAACAUAAUGUCUAUGAGGAUGUGGGUUUGAUCUCUGACCUCACUCAUUGGGUAAAGGAUCUGGCAUUGCAGCAAGUUGCAGCAUAGGUCUCAGAUGCUGCUUGGAUCUGAUGUUGCCAUGGCUUUGCAUAGGCCCAAAGCUGCAGCUCUGAUUCACUUCCUAGGCUGGAACCUCCAUAUGCUGCAGGUGUGGCAAUAUGUACAUAUACACACACACACACACAUAUAUAUAAAUACACACACACGCAUAUAUACAUAUAUAUAUAUAUAUAUACCCAAAGUCAAAAUAUUCUUUCCUAUUUCUUUUUCUAGAAAUUUCAUAGUUUUAAAUGUUUGCAUAUAAAUGUUUCUAGGAGACAUUUAGAGUGAAAAUCUUUGUAGUAUGAGGGAAAAUACUCAUUUUUUUCUUGUAAAUAUCUCUGUGUUCCAGCACUAUUAGCUGAAUAAACUUUCUUUUGCCUCUUUAUAA